AGGAACUCAUUCGACCGCCUAUGUUCGACAAGCUCAAACUCGAGUUCGUGCCGGCCGCCGGUAGCCGGCUCGUUAUCAAGCUCUCUCCUCCGCCGCCGCCGCAUGCCGACAAGCAGGCGUCGCUGGCGGGCAACACGACCUUCAACGCUGCCGGAGGCGAGGCCGCCGGCAUCCAGUCCAAGGGCGAGCCCGCUUCGCUCGAGGACGGCAUCCAGUCCAAGGGCGAGCUCGCUUCGCUCGACUCCUGCGCCGAGGCCUCGCGGCGCCUCACGUUCGUCGACGAUCUGCCACCUCUGUCGCCGCUCUCGUCCGUCAUCGACUCUGCCGGAGGCAAAGCCGACGGCAUCUCGCCCGAGAGCGAGCCCGCGUCGCUUAAUGACGUCGUCGUGAAGGAGGACGACGUCAAGACCGAGCCCAAGCCCGCAGUGAACACGGCCAAGCCCGACGGCGAUGUGGACGAGAUCUACUUGUCGUUGCCACCUUCGCACCUCGCGGCCGAGGCGUUCGGCAUCAAGUCCACCGCCGCCGAGGAGUUCGCCGCCAAGUCCGCCGCCGCCGAGGAGGACGCCGAGUCGGCCACCGAGGAGGCCGCCGCUAAGUCCGCCACCGAGGAGGAGUCCGAGGAGGCCGCCACCGAGGAGUCCGCCGCCGAGGAGGCCGUCGUCGCCGAGGAGUCCGCCAAGGAGUCCGCCGACAAGGCCGCCGCCGAGGAGGCCGCCACCGCCGCCGAGGAGGCCGCCGCCAAGGAGGCCGCCGCCAAGUCCGCCGCCGAGGAGUCCGCCGCCGCGGAGGCAGUCGCCGAGGAGGCGCCCGUCGCCAAGGAGGCCGUCGCCGAGGAGGCUGCCAAGGAGGUCGAGAAGCCGGCCAAGACCGUUUCCAACACGCCCGACCCAGCGGUGGACACCGCCUGCCACCCGGGCCUGCCCACGCCGAAGGCGGUGGGGAAGAGCGGGCCCGCGUCGGCCCGCAGCGGCUCCGGACCGGCCUACGUGGUCGGCGUCGAGGCCGAAGUCCGCCGGCUGGGCGAGGGCGUCGUCUACCAGGCUACGCCCGCCGACGGCAAGAAGUCGCCGUCGCCGGGAGCCCCCACCUCCGGCGGCAUUGCGCCCGUGGCGCCCAAGCCCCUUGGCGCGGGCGCGGACGCGGGGCAGGCCGACGCUGCAUCACGCGAGUACUAUCUCGCCGUGUGCGACAAGGCGAUGGCCGCGAUCUUGCUCACCAAGAUACAGCGGGCGAAGCUGGACGCCGAGCGGUCGGGGUGCGGGUGCAAGUGCCGGCGCAAGGCCAUGCGCUGCCGCAACAACCCCAAGUUUGGCAAGGCAAAGGGCAGGCGCAAGUCUGGCAAGGCAAAGGGCAGGCGCAAGUCUGGCAAGGCAAAGGGCCGCGGCCGCGGCUCGCACCGGCGACCGAAGCCGCGCGGCGGGCCGCAGACGCCGCCUUGCAAGCUCCAGCAACGACAGAUGGCGCUGCAGGGAGAUAUCGCCGCACUGUACCAAUCGUUGUCCGCCCUCCCGGUGCCGCCGUCCCCGGCCCCGACCGAGCCUCGUGUGGGGUCGUAA